AUGGCUGCGCCCGUGAGAGAUAAGUACGGACGAUUUUUUAAGUUAAAACGGGGUGUUUGUGAAAAAUUACGGACUAAUAGAAAUAUUAUAGAAGACCACAACUACGUCGUGGGUAAUCCGAACACUUCGGGUGACAUUAAUAUUCCAGGAAUACCGGAACAAAGGAAAACAAACAAAUUUUUCAACAACAAGUGGAGGGAAGGUAGACGUGUGGUUGAAUUUGGUGUUUUAUUGGAUAAUCUAAAAGUCUGUAAAGAAUGUGGGUUAGGGCCUGUGCCUCUUACUGCAUAUAAUGUUAUCGGUGAGCAGAAGAAAGGACUGUCAGGGUUUUUGUACGUGAUAUGUCAAAAUGUGGACUGUGCAGCUGUGAACCGUGUGACAUACGGGAAAACACACCGAAACAAACAAAAAGGCAUGCCAUGUUUUGCUGCAAAUACUAAACUUGGGACAGCAAUGAUAGAUAGUAUUGGGGGCCCAGAUCGUGUUAACAACAUUUUCGCCACAAUAAACAUCCCAACUAUUAGUCACUCCAACUUAAAGAAGAUGGAAACUCGGGCUGGAGAAACAGUACAGAAGAUUUCUGUUAAGUCAUCAGCGGCAGCUGCCAAAAUGGCCUUCAAGCAGGAAAUGGAUGAGAUUUCACAAAAAGAGACUGAUGAGGCAAAGCAGUCUAUAGACAGUCUAAUUGAAGACCUUGGAAUUGGAGCAAUGCCAGAUGCAUCCCCUCAUACAAAGGAGGUGCUGCGACAGUCCUGUGCCAGUGCCGAGGCUGACAAAGGUGAUGGUAAUUGGAGUGAUUUAGGCGACACACCCAUCAAUCAGGAACGAGUUACCAGAAGACAAAAUUCCCAACCUGACGGCUGUAGAAAGAUCUCUUGUGAAAGAGCCAAAAUUCGCCUUCAAGACAAAUUUCAGUGUAGGACCAGACUUGGAAUGUCCUGUUCAGUUGACACCGCCUGGCAAAAACGUGGAUUUGAUAGUUUAACCUCACACACAUUCUUCAUGUCAAAGUCAAAGUAUGGGAAGAAGGUUCUUAAGUCAAUUGUAUCACACAGGGUUUGUGGAACGUGUAACUGGUGGGCACGCAACCGUAAGGGUCAAGCAGUCAGACCUCACCUGUGUGUUAGAAACCAUCGUGGGAGUGCCAAACUGAUGGAAAGUGUCAGUGGGGAGAAAGGAGUGCAGGAACUGAAGGAUGAAGGAACUCCGAUAGAAUAUGUUGAAGGAGAUGGUGACAAUACACUCAUAGCUAGAGUGAAAAACAAUCUAAAUAUACAUCUAAAAAAGAGAUUUGACAAAAAUCAUGUCGUUAAAAAUGUUGGAAAACAUCUCUUCAGUCUUCAUCACUCUAAAAAUGUGAAAAUCAGUAAAAUUACUAUCCUCCAUCUUCAAAAGUGUUUAAAAUAUGCUUUUGCAAAAAAUGCUGGUGAUAAGGAUGCUCUGAGAGAAAACUUGAAUGCUUUAGUUCCGCAUCAAUUUGGUGAUCACAGUAUGUGCCAUCCUAGAUUCUGUGGGUAUAAGCGUUCACCAGAAGACAGGAAGAGUUAUGUCCACAGAAGUCUGCCUUACAAGGCUCCAUUGAAGGACGAACAACUUCGGGCAGCCUUGGAGGGGAUUUUUAAACCUCUUGCCGAUAAUGCAGAGCAAUAUGCGGAUCUUGGCUCAUCACAAGCUUGUGAACAUGCCAACAGGGAAGUUUCAAUAAGAGCGCCUAAGAGCUUCCAUUAUGGAAACACUAAGUCUCUUGACUAUAGGGUCCACGCUACAGCAGCUUGCAUCAAUGAAGGAAGACAUUACAUCGCAGAGGCAAAUGUAGAUGCUGGCUUGUCCCCUGGGGUCCACACACUCAAGCAUGCUGAGAAGUGCCAGAAAAAUCGUGAGCGUGUCCAGGCCAAAAUGGAACUUCCCUCAACGAAAAGACGCCGUUUGGAGUUGAAGAAAGAGCGGGCGGUGAACCAGGGUGCCCAGGAGGUGUUGGAAGGAGUCUCUUAUCAGUCUGGAAUUGGCCAUGAGACCAAUGCAGAUAUAGAGGCUAUUCCAGCCCCAAUACCCAAAGGAGACUUCAAACCUAUUCAGCUCACAAACCCGACAUUGGUGACGUUUGAUCUGGAGACGACAGACCUUAUUCGUGGACAUUGCCUGCCACAGAUAACGCAGAUAGCAGCGUCAGAUUUGGCUGGAACCCGUACAUUUUCUCAGUAUGUUCUACCGACAGAACCCAUAUCUGCUGGGGCUAGGCAAGUCACUGGCCUCUCAGUUGAUGGCGACCGUCUAUUACAUCUUGGACAACCGGUAGAAGCAACAGAUAUAAAGUCGGCCCUACAACUAUUUACUGCCUGGGUGAAGAAAAUUCCAAACUGUGUUCUAGUUGCACACAAUGGUAAAAAAUUCGAUUUUCCGGUAAUUGUAAAUGCAUUGAACUGUGCAGGUGUAUAUGAUAUGUUUGUUGACGGAACAAAAGCACUGGUUGAUUCUCUUUCACUUUUCCGGAAGGUGAUUCCAGGAAGGAAGUCAUACAAGCAGGAAGACCUGGUACAUGACAUUUUGAACACCUCAUAUGGGGCACAUGAUGCUGCAGAAGACGUGCACGCUUUGGGCAGUCUUAUUUCCCAUUUGGACGUUGACAACAAGACAGUAUUGACUCAAAGUUUUAGUGUAAGUGCAGUUUGUAAGAACAUGUUGUUCAACAAGGAGAAAGCCAAAAAUCUUCCAUCGUUGUCAGUGCUUCUAUACAAAUCCAUAUGCAAAGCACCUACGGCUGAAAAUAUAGCAGGGUCUGGUUUGAACUUGCAACACCUUGAAGCUAUAUACAAGCGUGAUGGAGAGGAUGGCCUUACAAAUACUUUCAUAAUGAAAAACAGUGAGGGCCAACCGCGUGUUACGGCAGCGAAACGGAUUUUAGAUUCUGUGAUCCCUAAACUAGUAGAGUUUUUCAAAGAAAAGAAACUUUAAUUUUGGUGUAUGUGAAAAUAGUUUAACAACAUUGUUCAGUUUUGUUAUAAAUUGAAUGUAACUGUUUAGGUUUUUUUAAUUGAUUGUAACACAAUAACUUUCCAUUUUUCUUGUAAGAAAUAACAUGUACACUUGCAUCCUGUAUAUGUAGUCUUGUAAAAAAACAAUUUCAAUUUAAGAAUUAUGUUCAAACAUUUAUCAUAUGUAAUGAUAAAACACUUAUAAGUGUUAUGGAACUGAGAAAAGUACCUUGUAUUUGCAAAAGCAUUCACAAAUUAUUAGUGUUUGAUAAUAUUAUAAAAUAUCUAUUGAUUGGAUAAUUAUAAGUGAUCGGGCAUUGGUCUAAAUCUGAAAUAGUCUAAGUCAAAAACACAGAUAAUCUGUGUUUAUUGGACUUUUUGCUCAUGUAAAUUAUAAAUUUUGUCAUAAAGUUUAUAAGAAAGAGUUAUUGGAUUGAUUAAGACAAUUAACUGAAACUUCUUGUGACAUAAAAAUUUGAAGUUUUUUAGCCUUGGCCAGUAGAAUGUAGUUGAUAUCGAAAUCAUAAAAAGGCACAUUUUCUUCAAAUUUCAUAUUUUUUUGUUUUUAAUUU